AUGGUUGGUCUCCGGACACACAAGCAUCGGUUGGUCCGGGUGAAAUAUCUGAGGAAUCAGGGCCAGCAAAACGCUUUGAAGGCCAUACGCAUGUUCUGGUACAAACCUGAAGGUGCCAGAACGUCAUUUUAUCAAGAUGAAAGGGAUCUCUCCAUGGUCUAG